CACACACUCACACACGGGAGAAGGGUGAAAAGAAGGCUCCAAUCAGCUUGCACAAAGGCGCGCGCGUGUGUGUGUGAGUGAGACGCGAAGAAGCAGAACGAACGGUGCAACAAACCAACACCAACAACAGCAACAACAACAGCAGCAGAUGGAGUCGGCAGCCUCCGUCGCCGCCGAGAAAGAGCAGCCGCCCCAGGAGCCCCAGGAGCCGCCCCUGGCGCUGCUGCGGCUAGAAAAACCAUGCCUCCCGCAAGCAACGGUAUAUGCCGAGCAGGUGCAGGAAGAGGUGGUGGUGGUGGUGGUGGAGGAGCAGCAGGAGGAGAAGUUGCAGAAUGGCGCUAGCGGGGUGAACGGCGCGAGCGAACAGCGAACCCCCCCACCAUCAUCGCCACCACCGGUCGGGGAACGUUCCCACUGCUGCGAGCCAGCCGCGACGCCACCGUCGGGCGAAGGCGGGCAGGAGCAGGGCGUGCUUAUAACGGCACUUGCCCCAGCCGCUGCAGCGCUGGGGCCUGCGCCCGACCAGCCGGCGGAGAACCACAACACUCUCGGCACGAACGUCGUCGGUGCGUCAACGGCUCCGUGCAGCGGUGCGCAACAGAUCGUGUACGUACGCGGUGCGCAAACGUGCGCUCCAGAGGCAACGCCGCUCGGCCACUGCGACAACGUGGUGCGCAUACAGAUUGUCCCAGCAGACGAGCAGCAGGAGCAGCAGCAGCCUGUGCAGGACCAUUCGCUAGUGAAGGACGAAGAAGCAGAAGAAAAGUGCGUGAAGUGCGAGGGCGAGGAAGGGCAGGAGGACUGCAACAACAACAGCAAGUGUCCGGCGCAGAGUGUGACGGUCGUGUCGGUCGUGCCGGACUCACAGCCACCACCCCGGCCGUCCUCCUCCUCCUCCACCACCUCCUCCACCUCCUCCUCCUCCUCCGCCGUGCUGGUGACGGUCACGUUCGAGGAUCGGACGCUGGUGCGCGUCGCAUCGCCCGACCCGCCGGAACCGCCGACCAGCACCGCCGCGAUGGUGCAGAAGAAGCGGCACGAGCCGGCCGACCUGGACGGUGCCCCGUACGUCUACUACAUGGCGGCCCGGUCGGCCGGCGGCUCGACCGGCGGCUCGAGCGGCGGCUCGAGCGGCCAGUGCUCGCCGAGCGACAUGCUCGACAGUGGCACCUGCAGCGAUAUCGAGCUGACGCCGCCGCCGCUGCCGAAAAAGAUGUCGCAACGGUUGCGCGCGUCGUCCGGCGCGAUAAGGAAAAGCCUCGCGGACGGGGGUGAUAUGGUGCGGCCGGCAGUGACACCGCCGCCGCCGCCGCCACCGGUAUCGGCCCCACCGACGCCACCGCUCGCAGCAGCAGCAGCAGCAGCAGCACCACCGCCGGUAUCGGGGGUUGAUAACGACGACGACAACGGGCCGGAUAGCGUUAUCAGCGCGGCGCACCAACACGAACAGCGGCUCCAGCACCAGCAGCAGGAGACGGCCCGCAACAGACAGAACGCGGAGCAACAGACGGUCGACGGUUACGACACGGGGCGGACGGUCCAGCACCAGCACGCAGCAAGCCUCAUCUCGGCGACCGAUAGUGACGGGUCGGAAUCGUGCCUGAGCUGCGAUUCGCUCAACUUCGAGCAGCUCCAGUCGAGCCUGGUGGUGGUGGCGGCGGCGGCGGCGGCCGAGGAAGAGGAGGAGGAAGGACAGCAGCAGCGGGUGCUAGCGAAGCGGACCGGUGGCGGUCCGGCCCUGCCCGACUCGCUGCUCGCCGCAAUACGGGGCAGCCGGCCCAAGGUGUACUGCACCGACGACGACGCGGACGCGGACGCAGACGACGAACCCGACGACGACGAGGAGCGGAAGGUGGCCCGGCUGCCACCACCCCCGGUGACCCACCAUGGUGGGCAGCGGUGCGGGGGGCCGCUCGAUCUGAACAGCUUCGCGUCGGCGGCAGCGGCGGCGGCGGCCGUCGCCGCCAGCAGCACCACCACCACCCGCACGCUACUGAUGGACAAAAUCAACAGCCUCGAGGCGGGCCGGGCGGUGCGCCACGAUCAACCCGAUCAACAGCCGUCCAGCAACCUGCCGUUGCUGCACCACCACCACCACCACCACCACCCAAUCAAUGAGCGGGCGCCGAGCAGCUGCUCGGCCAGCUCGCACACCGCCGAGAGCGUCCGCAGCAAUCAGUUCGAGAGCGACCGGUACUACAAGUUUCAUCUGAACGAGCGGGCGGCGGGCGAGCAGCCGGGCGCGACCCGGCCCGGCUCGCCGGACACCCGGCCCGGACCGUCGGCCGGGGCGGCCACCGCCCCCGACGACGACGACGAGAGCUUUGCCGGGCUGCGCGACCUCAGCAACGGCACGUCGACGAUCCGCAGCAACAAGGGCACGGUGCGGGGCGUCAAGAACCGGGUCCGCAACGGGAUCGCCACCUUUCUCCAGAUGCAGCAGACCGGCAUGAAGAACUACAAGGACAAGGAGGCGGGCAAGGUGGUCGUGUACAGCACCAGCAUGGGCAUCGUGCGGGAAACGUACACCAAGUGCGCGAACGUGAAGCAGAUCCUGCGCACGCUGCUGGUCAAGUUCGAGGAGCGGGACAUCUUCAUGAGCAGCGAGUACCAGCAGGAGAUCCGGGAGCGGAUGCAGUCGGACACGAUCAACAUACCGCAGGUGUUUGUGGACGGUCAGCACAUCGGGGACGCCGAAUGUAUCGAGCGGCUGAACGAGAGCGGCGAGCUGCGCAAAAUGCUGAAACCGUACAAGUGUCUGGAGUCGCCGUACAUGUGCAAGGUGUGCGGCGGGUACCGGUUGCUGCCGUGCCCGUCCUGCGGCGGCUCGAAGAAGUCGAUCCACCGGAACCACUUCACCGCCGAAUUCGUCGCCCUCAAGUGCAUGAACUGUGACGAGGUCGGGCUGGUCAAGUGUCACAACUGCUGAGCGGGGUUCGGGGUUUUUUUGGGGGAGGGGGG